AGAACGCGUUAAGACUACUCUUCGCUCUCUUCAAAUCGGUUAAAGCUCUCUUUUUCGCUCUCUGAAUCGGGUACUGAAUCGGUAGCAAUGUGCCAAAUAUAAAAAACAGUGUGCGCUUUCUGGCGGAAAGGAGCGAGAUAAGACGGCAACAGUAGUUGCACGCGAUGCCGAUAGAGACGCGAAUGCAGCAACAGUAUGUGGCAGCCCGGAUCGCAGCCCCUCAGCAACACUGAGAUUAGAGUCGUUCGCUGGUUGGCAACACCGGCGACUCUGCUAAGCGGUCUGGCAUCUUGAUAUCUGACUUUGACGCUAAGCACAAUGAAUGUAGUUUAAAUAAUAAUUAAUAAAGAUCCAUAAUAAGAACUCAAGCGUACAUUGGCCAAUGCGCCAAAAGUAGUUCCAGGAAAUAAUUAAUAAAAUAUAGAGGCGUUGGCGUUGCCAUAUCGAUCAAAUUCAGCUGUUCACAUAUAAUUUAAAUUAAUUUAAUUUAAUUCAUUUCAAAAUUUCAGUUAAAUUUAAAAUUAUGCUGCGACUACGACCAUUUCGCCUAGAGACAUUUAAAGUUUUUUGCCGACAUGCGAGCAAGACAGGGGGAGGCAAGCCUGUAGACUCGAAUGCAUUGGCGCAGCUGGAAGAGGGCUACAAGAAACUAGCUGCCUCCGAUUCCAAAUCGUUGCUGAAAAAGCACCUUAAAAAAGAUAUCUUUGACAAUUUGAAAAAGAAGACAACACCAUCCUUCAAUUCUUCGCUGCUGGACUGCAUUCAAUCUGGGCUGUGCAACCACGACUCAGGCGUGGGAAUCUACGCCCCCGACGCAGAGGCGUACAAAACGUUUGCCGACAUCUUCGAUCCCAUUAUCGAGGACUACCACAAGGGCUUCAAGAAAACGGACAAGCACCCCGAGUCCUGCUUCGGACAGGGCAAGGAUUUCGCUAAUCUUGAUCCUAACAACAAGUACAUUGUGUCCACGCGUGUCCGAUGCGGACGUUCUGUGAAAAACUUCCCCUUCAAUCCCUGCCUGAGCGAGUUUGAGUAUGCGGAGCUGGAGUGCAUGAUAUCCGGUGCUUUGAAUACGAUGAGCGGUCAAUAUAAAGGUGGCUACCUACCGCUCUGCGGUAUGGAGAAAUCCGUGCAGCAGAAACUGAUCGACGAGCACUUCCUGUUCAAGGAGGGCGACCGGUUCCUGGAGACGGCUGGUGCCUCGCGCUUUUGGCCCAUCGGACGUGGCAUUUACUUCAACGAGGCGCGCAAUUUCCUAGUAUGGGUUAACGAAGAGGACCACAUCCGCAUCAUCUCCAUGGAGAAGGGCGGGGAUUUGGGCAAGGUGUACGAUCGCAUGAUCGGCGGCGUCGAGGCCCUGGGCAAGUAUCUGCAGUUCAGCCGCGACCAGCGUCUUGGCUAUCUAACCUUCUGCCCUACAAAUCUGGGCACAACAAUCCGCGCGUCCGUUCAUAUCAAGCUGCCCAAUCUGACGGCGAAUCCAGAGGAGAUGAAAAAGCUGUCCACCAAAUACAAUCUGCAGGUGCGAGGCACUAGCGGCGAGCACACCGAGGCCAAGGGCGGGGUCCACGAUAUCUCCAAUAAACGACGGAUGGGUCUCACCGAGUACGAGGCCGUCAAAGAGAUGUACGAUGGCAUUCGCGCCCUGAUCGAUGCCGAGAACAAGGAGUGCAAGUAGUAGCAGCCUACAGCCUACAUCUUCGAUUAGAAUUUGGAUACUGUAAAUAAAUGCAUUUAAAAUGCCAAGAAUACUUA